CGCAGUUCUAAACGUCCGAUAGAUAUCGCGUCCUGUGAAAUAGCGCGUUCUUCAUGCGACCACCUGAACGCGCUUUUAUCAGAUCCAUAGUCACCGGAGAGCUGUUACGUGUUCGGUUGGAGGGGAUUUUUCCCCACGAGCAUCCCUCAAGCGAUGAGGAACGAGAUAGCCGCCCGCUCAGGUUUCUGAAAGACAUCAGCCUUAAGCUGUUCCGGGUGACGAGAGGAGGAAUCUUACAAGUGCGUACCUUAACAGAACAAUGUGUAACGUUGCAUGAGAGUGGGCUAGCAGUUGUGUCACUCACAGAUAGCCUGAACAGACGCAUAUGCCAGUCAGCUACCAGCAACUCGGAGAUAAAGUGUUCAUGCAACAUAUGUCAGUGAGAUACCAGCUGUGUCAUGGAACACAUCAACUCGGAGAUAAAGAGUUGAGACAACACAUAUGUCAGUGAGAUACCAGCUGUGUCAUUGAACACAUCAACUCGGAGAUAAAGAGUUGAGACAACACAUAUUUCAGUGAGAUACCAGCUGUGUCAUGGAACACAUCAACUCGGAGAUAAAGAGUUGAGACAACACAUAUUUCAGUGAGAUACCAGCUGUGUCAUUAAACAUAUCAUCUCGGAGAUAAAGAGUUGAGACAACACAUGUCAGUGAGAUACCAGCUGUGUCAUUGAACACAUCAUCUCGGGGAUAAAGAGUUGAGACAACACAUAUCUCAGUGAGAUACCAGCAGUGUAUAUGAACACAUCAUCUCGGAGAUAAAGAGUUGAGACAACACAUAUCAGUGAGAUACCAGCUGUGUCACUGAACAACCAUAAGUCUUUGAGAAAAACAGAACUCUGACUGUUGAGGUUGAUGGAUAACAAAACCAGAAAGUUGCGAGUUCACGAAAAACUGAGGCGGACGUCUUCGGAGUACCUGUACGUCCCCGACUGUAGCUAUGAUCCGUACAGUGAUGAGAUUGAGAACGAGGCUUUGUUUCGGGGUCUAUUGCGCAGCCUCCUUCAUCCACUCGGCACCCCUGACUCGGAGAUCGGGCUCCGUCCCGGGGACCUGGUGGAUCAUCUCAGACAGGUGUUUGCAAUCGACCAGGACGAUCACGAGUAUUUUAUCAGAGAAGAAGCAAAAAAUAAGCCAACGAAGAUUCAAGUAUGUGCAACGGUGAUAGAAGCGCGAAACCUCAAGGUUGCAGACAAACCGCCGAAAGUGCAGUCCGAGUGCAACCCUUACUGUAUCCUCACCAUUGUGAACCCUACCAAGAACAGCAGGUAUUCCCCAAUAGCAUCCCCAAAAGUCUCCCCUCGUUCCUCCCCGAGGAAUAGUCCACUUCCUUCACGCAGACACCUUCCACCACGAUCCAGCUCACAAGAUUACGGAAGUGAUGUGCUUCGAUCUCAGACGGCGAGGGGAUUCGCUCAGCCAAAGUGGAAUGAAGAGUUCUACUUGGAAAUAGAGGACCUCCUGACAGAUGAACUCCACGUGUGUUUCUUCAGUCAAGACUCGGAUGUCAUUCAUCAGGAAAACAAACACCCGGACAAGGGCGGUAACUUUCUCAAGAGCUUUUUCCGCAACGUCUUGGCUUCUUCAUCAGAUCAUGAUAAAUAUAUACCAGGAUGCAUCGGGCGAAUAGUUGUUCCAGUUCGGGACAUUGCCACAAACAGUGUAGACAGAUGGAUGAAUGUGUUCCCGGUGGGGCCGGUCAGCGCCAGGACAAAACCUGUCGGUCAGUGCCGCGUGCGACUUGCCAUCUCCUACAUGCAGUCAGGUGCGUGUUUCUCCGUGGAGGACUACCACCAGGUGUCGCUCAUCCACCACAAACACGCUGUGAAGAUCAACACGGACUGUACCGACUCUGCGUUACUCUUGUCUCCGCAAAGUCGACGGAUUCUCGACACAUUCGCCAUAGGAAAUAGGAUAUCCAAGCUCUCCCAGUCCAUCCUGGAUCUGACGGUGCUACUGGAGCUGGUGGCAUCCCCGGAGAAAGAGAUUCAGUGUCUGUCGGACACGGUGCUGCACAAGUCGCUGGAGGAGGUGCAGAUGACGUGGCUGGCAAUGCAGGCGUGUGGCCAGGAGCUCACACAGAGGAUGCCGUUGUCCGACUCUGAGAUCUGUCUGUAUCGGACCGGCGCCCGGAACUACAUCAGCUCCCUGACCAGCAAGCUCCAUGAACUGCCGAGUCUCUUCCCUCCGUCAGCAGAGAGUCUUGUCACACUCAAGGGGUCUCUGGGUCUAGCCAUACAUCUCCUCGAGCUGGAUCUCUGGGACUCGUCGUCUUCAACACAAAAUGAACUCGCAGAUAAGCUUCUCCAGAAAUUACAGUCGGACAUUGACCUUUGGAUGACGGAGAAGCUCCAGGAGGUCUACUCGCACAAGAAGGUCAAGGACUCGGUGAUACCGGAAAUGAAAUCCCUGACCGAGUCAAUCAGGUCUCUGGCCUCUCAUUGCAGUCCCCUAGGGGUCAUUACCAAGUUCUACGGUCCCCUGGGGGUGAAGUAUUACAGGGUUGUUGCAUUCAGAACGGAGAGAAAGUUGUCGACGACAGCUCGCGAGAUGAUGUUAGAGAUGGACAAGUACAUGGUGCGCUAUCACAACUUCCCCGUCAACAUCGCCCAGAGCAGCCGCCACUCUCUCGCCCUCUACUUCGCCAUCAGGAAGUUCUACCUCCUCAUCAAGGAGGGGCUCACAGACAGGGACAUGUUCCGCCUGACCAUCAGUCAGUACCAACGCUGGUUCCAGGAAUCUCUGGUGUUCUGGCUGCAGACCUUCAAGACAGAGUGUAUGACCCGGAUGGAGAAGGCACUGGAAAUAGACAAGGAUGUUGUGUUGGUGACAUCACUGGUGAAAUUCUCCAACUCGUCCGUGGAUGUCCUGUCCUGCUUUGCAAAGAUUACCCAGGAGUGGCGGGAGAUUGACUUCAAGGACCCGGACUCCGUGGUGAUGGGCGUCACCAAGAUCACUGACCUAAUCUGUGACGGUGCCCGUCUGUAUGCUGACAAGAUUCACACCAUCCUGGAGAGGAACUGCUAUUACGACCAACAGGAAGAACAAUUUGAUGUCAACGACAGACUGUGCAUCACCCUGAACAACAUCGAGCACGUGCGCCAGUACCUGAAUCAUCUCCCCGAGCUGUUGGAGUGGGAGGAGGUGGGGCAGUCACAGUCGGCGCGUCACGAGGACGCCAAGAUCGGCAGGCAGUCCUUGACGACCCUGAAACGUUUGACUACCACCGCCAACCAGGACAUCCUCAUGAAGUCUUCGUUCCUGCUCCGGGAGAUCGCGGUCAAGAUGAAGACCAACAUUCAGAAACUCAUGGACAUGUUCAUUGUCAAGACCCCCGCGAAGGUUUCGGCUGUAGACAAGACAAUUGGAUACCUGUCUACCAACUUGCAGACUCUAGACGACCGUCUAAUGACGUCUAUUUAUCCCAAGAUGAUCGAGGAGCUGUGGGAGGUCGUACUGCAGAUAUUCUAUGAACAAAUGCAAAUCGGGCAAAAGCCAGACUACUACGAACAUAUGAAGAGGCACCUGGGUGCCCUGACUACGUUCUUCCUGAGUUGUGGGUUGGAGGAGAAAUUAGUCCAGGGUGCGGCGGAAGCACAGUUGAGGGCUCGCAUCCAUCUUAACUGUCAGCAGACUGGGAUUCUCAUGCAGGAAUACUUCCAAGGCCUAGCUAAUGGAAUGAGUACACCUCCAGAAUACCUGGGUCAUCUGGCGAUCAAGGCCGCCUACGUGGAGGAGACCAAGGGUAUGGUCACAAUAGGAGUUAAAGUGAUGCGGGCAAGUGACCUGCCUGGACUGGACAACAGUGGCCUGAGUGACCCUUACGUCUUGAUGAAUCUCCAGCCACCCAAUCUGUUUCACAACGUCAAGCCUGUCCGGACCAAAGUGGUGGAGAAAACUCUAAACCCUAUCUUCAAUGAGUCCUUUCAGUUCCCGAAUAUUCCUUCCAGUCUGUUGACUGAACCUGGCGCGUGCAUUCUCUUCUCCGUCCUCGACCACGACUACAUGGUGUCCGACGACUUUGCCGGCGAAGUGGCCUUAAACAUUUCGGCGCUUCAUCCAAUCAGAGACGAGGAAUAUCUUGAUUCCACCCCUGUUGUCAUGAUGCCCCUGAAACGACCUCAACACGUCGCGGACGGCGCUUUCCAGGUGCUGGAGGAGAGAAGCUCGUGGGAUAAAGAAGCGAAAGCCUUCGUGACGGACAGGUUGAAAUACAUCAUCAACCAGCCCCGAAGGCAGGGAAAAAAUUCUCAAAACUCCUUCUUUUCCUUCUUCGGUCUCGGCACUUGAAGCUUUGUGGACGGACACAUGGGUUCUCAGCUCGGCUUCUCGUGGCUACGAUGUGCGCAUGACGGGAAGUGUCUAUAGGGUGGUUAUGCAAGCUCCUUCCCAGCGCGUGACACCUUCGUUUCACUCUCGGUAACAUCGCUGCCACCAGUGUGGGCGCGGCCAUUUCAAGAAUCUUGAAAGUUGGCCUCUUACCCCAAAUGUAGUAAC